AUGUGUGGAUAUCUUGAGGACUACUUCUCUGUUACCGCCAAAGUGCAGAAGUCCCAGUCGAAGGAUUAUGAAAAGAUCCUGAAGGCCGUGAAUGAACCCCUCAAGGAGGGCCACCACUUCAGUUCCAGCGCAGGCGGUGUGGCUGGUAUGUUUGAGAACCUCCGCAACAACACCCAGGGCAUGGUUACCAUGUACCUGGACGGCGAAAAGAACCUGAAGAACGCCGUGCUGCCCACCCUCGAGCGUCUCCACAAAGAGAUCAAGAACAAGUCCAAGGAGCUGAGCAGCGGUGCCACUAAGGGAGCCAAGGCCGUCGAGAAGGCGCGGACCCUGACCCAGAAGCACAUCGAGCUCCUAGGUCAGAACUCCGCUUCCUUUGACGCCGCCGGCUCCGGCAAAAUCGAGCAGCACCACGACCCCUACCUCCUCAAGCGCGGCAUCAACCACCGUCUGAAUAACCAAGUGAACGAGGAGAACAAUCACCGCCAGGAUAUCCUCGCCGUGCAGAACUCCUUCCAGCAGUUCGAAGCACACGUCCUGCAGACCGUGCAAGGCACCAUGGACCAAUUCCACCAGCACAUGAGCGGACAACUCGAGCGCCAGCGAGCCAUGUACGCCGACAUCCUCGGCACCGCGCAGCGCAUUCCACCAGACUUUGAAUGGAUCAACUUCUGCGUGCGCAACGACGCAGUCCUGGUCAACCCAGACUCGCCACCGCGCUCCUUCUCCAGCAUCACCUUCCCGAACAUGGACCACCGCUCCACACAGCCGCUGAUCGAGGGCUCUCUGGAGCGUCGCUCCCGCGCCGUUAUCAAGGGCUACAGCACGGGAUACUACGUCGUCACCCCGGCCCGCUACCUGCACGAGUUCAAGGAUAACGACGACUUCCGCCGCGACCCUGCCCCGGAGCUCUCGCUGUACCUGCCGGACUGCGUGGUCGGCGCCAUUGACGGUGUAAAGUUUAGCGUCAAGGGCAAGGACGUUUCCAGCGGCAAAAUCGGUAACGCAUUCCACACAAACACCGAGCUCAGCUUCAAGGCCCACACCCCCAAUGAUGCUGAGAAGUGGUGGUCCGUUAUCAAGGACGCUACCCGCGGCCCCGCGCAGCCUGCUGCUGCUGCUGCACCGAACCUCGCUUCUCCCACCGCGACGUCGCCCGCCGCUAUCUCUCCUGCUGGCUCUGCUAGCCCCUCCCGCAGCGUGUCCGGCCAGACUCAACCGCCUACCUACGCUGAGAAUGAGAUGGAGAAGACCCAAGCUGCUCAGGCUACUGCUGCUGCCCCUGUUGCUGCUACCCCUACUGAUGCUAGCCCGACUGCGGGAAUUAGCCGCACGGGCAGCACGGCGAGCCACUUCCACACCUCGCCCGGUGGCUCCGCUGUGGAGAAAUCGUGA